AUGCAUAUGAUCAUAGAGCUAAAAAAGUGGAGCUUAAUAUUGGGUUUGGCCAAAUACGCUGUCUGUUCGUGGGAGUGGGCGCCAAGUGUAGAAAGGCAGCGGCGUAAAGAGGCGGGUGGGAGAGGCAGGCUUGCGCCAGAAAGCAGUUCCUGCGCGACUGGAGCGCCAAAAAUGGGCAGAGAUAGCAUAAAACGGGCGAGGAGAUCUAGAUUUGAACCUAUAACUGUUGCAACCAGAGAAAGUAACAAUGGGCCCUCUGACAAAUAUUUGCAGGAGUUCAGAAGGACGGCGCUUUCCAACGAGGCUCUUCAAAGAAAGGGAGAGUGCGAGGACUUGCGCAUAGGUUAUGGGCUGGCGGACAGCACGGGCGACCUAAACAAACCCGAAUGCUUCAUUUCGCAGACCAGAGAGGAGUUCCGGCAGUUCAAGAAAGGCACCAGCAUAUGA